AUGUACAAAGACUCCGUGGCUUUUGAGGAUAUGGCUGUGAACUUUACCCAGGAGGAAUGGGCUUUGCUAGAUUCUUCUCAGAAGAAUCUCUUCAGAGAAAUGAUGCAGGAAACCUGCAGGAACCUGGCUUCUGUAGGAAACAAAUGGAAAGACCAGAAUAUUGAAGAUCACUUCGAAAAACCUGGGAAAGAUAUCAGAAAUCAUAUGGUACAGAGUCUGUAUGAAAGCAAAGAAGGUAGUCAGUAUGAUGGACAAGUUGUCAGCCAAAUUCCAAAUCUUGAUCUGAAUGAGAACAUUUCUACAGGAUUAAAACAAUGUGAAUGCAGUAUUUGUGGAAAAGUCUUUGUACGUCAUUCCCUCCUUAAUAGGCAUAUCCUAGCUUACUCAGGAUACAAACCAUAUGGAGAGAAGCAAUAUAAAUGUGAACAGUGUGGGGAAUUCUUUGUUUCUAUUCCAGGUGUUAGAAGAUACAUGAUAAUGCACAGUGGAAAUCCAGCUUAUAAAUGUACGAUAUGUGGGAAAGCUUUUUAUUUUCUCAAUUCAGUUGAAAGACAUCAGAGAACUCACACAGGAGAAAAACCCUAUAAAUGUAAACAAUGUGGUAAAGCAUUCACUGUUUCCGGUUCUUGUCUAAUACAUGAACGAACUCACACUGGAGAGAAACCCUACGAAUGUAAGGAAUGUGGGAAAACAUUCAGAUUUUCUUGUUCUUUUAAGACUCAUGAAAGGACUCACACUGGAGAAAGACCCUAUAAAUAUACCAAAUGUGAUAAAGCCUUCAGCUGUUCCACUUCCCUUCAUUACCAUGGAAGCAUUCAUACUGGAGAGAGACCCUAUGAAUAUAAACAAUGUGGCAAAGCCUUUAGUUGUUUGUGUUCCCUUUGUAACCAUAGAGGUACUCAUAGUGGAGAGAAACCCUAUGAAUGUAAACAAUGUGACCAAGCCUUCAGUCGCCUCAGUUCCCUUCACCUCCAUGAAAGAAUUCAUACUGGAGAAAAACCCUAUGAAUGUAAGAGAUGCGGUAAAGCCUACAUUCGUUCCAGUCACCUUACUCGCCAUGAAAGAAGUCAUGAUAUGGAGGCUGGGUGUAGUGACUUAGCCUAUAAUCCCAGCACUUUGGGAGGCCAAGGUGUGUGUAUUGCUUGAGCCCAGGAGUUCACAACCAGCCUGGAUUAAAACAAUGUGAAACAAGCUGGGCAACAU